AUGCAUGAAGAAUCUACACGAUAUCAUCAACUGCCACCUUACCCUAGCAAAAGUCCAACACAUUUAUACGCAAAGCAGCAACGUACGCAGCACUUCGAAGGGGCAAAUUGUCCAGCUGCUCCAAUUUCUGGAGCUGAACAGCAUGGCGCGAAAUUCAGUGCUACACUACAGGAACUUAUCAACAGCCGAAAUGAGUAUCAGGCGAGGAGGAAACGUCAGGCACGAACACCGCUACCACGGCGGCGCAAAAACACCGCAAAUUAUUCGCAGCUGUAA